AUGGCGGAAGGCAGUGGGCAAGAAAAGACACGGUGGACUGCAACCGUAAUUGUGAGUUCAUCUCUUCAGGGUCAUGAAAUUUCAAUGUCCCUACAAAAUCAGCAUCACCGGGUUCGAUAUUCAGAUACAGUGGAAAAUGGAUCAAUAAUUUUCUCUCUUUCUGGGGUUGCAUUUUUGCUGGUCGAUGCUCAAGGCUUAUUUUUCACAGAGAGAGAGGUUUUAUUUGAAAGAAUAAAGAAGUUCAUGACCAUUCACAGGAAUGGAUUUUUGCUUUUGUCAGCCGCUCGUCAUGGACCAAAAGAAUGGGAUGGGAUGUUCAGACUUCAGCAGAGGUUCCUCGGCAGCCAUUUACGAAUAAUUCCAGUCCACAAUACCGCGGAAGCUAUUAAACUCAUGCUAACUAUAGCAAAAACUACUUCAAAACCGCAUCUGGACAACAUUCGCUACAGAAUGCUAAUGGCAAAGACACAGAUUGUAGAACAAAGCUGUGUUUGGAAAAUGCUUCAUCAAAGUCAACUGGCUUGUAGUUUAGUAAACACCACUUAA